GUUCUCAAGCAGGGCUAUGAGACAAGAAUUUAUUGACAAGUUUAUAAGUUAUGUGAAAUGCCCAAAGUCAGUCGUUAGACACAUGUAUUUUAGCCUAACAGGGCAUGAAGAAAGUGCCAAUUCUUCCAGUGAAAAAGAAAUUAAUGAAAGGGUGUCGAAGAUCAUAGGCGCAGAUGACUCUCAGUUAUUGAUUGAUUUACGAGCAACUAAUGGCUCUGAUACAUAUUAUGAUGCCUUUUUUGAAGAAAUGGGAAAGUUUUUUGAAGAACAGGUUUUACAGGUCAGUGAAAGACGAAAAUGUGAUGAAAUGUAUUUGCCAUUGGCAAUUUCAAUAGACACUUUAAAGAAUGACAUUUGUAAAAGAGUGCCUGAUGGAACACCCAUUCCUAGCAAUGAAACGAUCCGACUGCAGUUUUGUCCCAGUAAUCCAUUUCAUAAGACUGCUUUAAGGUACACUGGUCAGUUCAAUGUUAAAUUCCGUGUGCAGACACGCCAGGCAAGAGUUUCACAUCCUGAUUCACACUAUGCUGCAAAAUACUUUCAGUAUAUGAAAGAAUUUUGUGUGAUGUUUAGAGACAGUGCUAUGUUCUUAUGCAUGGACGACAAGGCAAUAGUUCCAGUGGGAGAACCAGGAAUCCCUAUAUCGACUGGAGUAAGAGGGCAUAACAAGGUUCUAACACCUUCAGAGGGACCUGUAUUAGUUGCCACUGACCAUGAUUUUCAUCUUUGCGGUCUUGUUCCUUCAGUUGUUCUUGUCACAGAAAUUCCUAGGGACUCGAAAGACAGCUUCUUUUCAGGGGACAUGCAUGUGACAACAAAAGAAAAGGUAUUCAGCCCAUCUAGCCCAUUUAGACAUGCUGCUCAAGUUAUUGAACUCGUAAGAUUAAAUGAUGCCUACUCUGCAGAUGGAUUAAAUUUGAGAACCCCAAUCAUGUGCCUUUAUACUGAUGGAGGACCGGAUCAUAGAGUCACUUAUGAAACGGUUAAGUUGUCGCUCACUCUUAUCUUCAUGCAUUUAGAUUUGGACAUGCUAAUUGCACUCCGAACGGCACCAUCACAUAGUUGGACCAACCCAGCUGAACGUUGCAUGUCCAUUUUAAAUUUGGCCUUGCAGCAUGUUGCGCUAGACAGAAAUGAAAUGGAAGAGAAGUAUGAACAGAUGGUUAAAAACUUGUCUUCUCUAACUGCAGUAAGAAACCAAGCCAGACUAAAAGAUGGUCUGAAAGAGGCUUUCAAGAAAAGUAUGGAACCAGUGGUUCAUCUUGUGAACAAACGUUUCUCACAAAUGAGCUUGAAAGGAAACCCUGUUAAAACUUUGAAAGGGGUAUCAGAUGAAGAGAUCACAUCCAUCUUAGAUAUCACUGGUGUUGGCUUUGGAGUAGAUAGUCCAGUAGCCACAGCUGACACAAAAAGCGCUGAAUUGAAGAAAAGCAAGCAUCUGCAGGAUUUCUUUGAGAGGCAUGCAGAAUCCAGCCACUACUGCUUCCAGUUAAAGAAGUGUUCAUCCGAUGAAUGUGGCUACUGCUCCGUCAACCCAGUCCGAGAUCAGGAUGUUUUUGACCGCCUCAGGUUCCUCCCUGAACCAAAGCCUGACGAAAAUGGUGAACACUACCUACCAUUCAGUGAGUUGUUUGGGAAAGCCCUGACCCGUGACAAGUACAGACCCUCAACCAGACCAUGUGGAACCUAUGAUGAGGAAUUACAAAACCAUGAUAAAGAGAAUCGAGAAAUUUUGAGGAAUGAGAAGCUUCGAGAUGCUGUCCUUUGCGGAGAAUGUAGCAGGCCAAGAUGUGUCUUCAGUCCAAACAAGCUUGACCGACAACAGGAGGAAUUCUUGCGGAACAUUAAGGCAUGCCAUUUGUAUAUCUGUGGAGAUCAGUUGGAAGAUGCACCUGACCUGUAUGUUCGGAGAUGCGUGACCUGCAGCUCUGAGGUGGAAACAGCUUAUUUCUCAGCCAAGUGUCGGCAUUACCUACCACCAGUGUGCAUCCACUGUGGAUCUCCUGACUGUCUGUUAGAUGACAACGAUGCAUAUAUUGCAGAUUUGUAUACAAAAUAUUCCAUUGUCAGGCCAAUUUGUGUGUCUUGUCGACAUUCUGGAAAAGAGGCAAAAACAUGGGGCGCCAAGAAGUUAAAAAAAAAACAAAAAGUCAAAUGAACUCAUUCAAGCCUUCAAAAGUUCUUACUUUGAUUUGGUUUGUAAAUGAGACCAAAGCAAAAGUAUGUGUUUAUGAUGACCAUCAUCAUCAUGUUUAUAAAUGUUAACAUGUUGUGAUUGAAAAUGAAAAAUCAUGGAUUGGAAUAAAGAGCAAAUGCUUUAACUUUUAAAAAUAUUAGUGUUUCGUAUUUUCCAGUUUAAUUUCUAUUUCUACAGAUUUUAAUUGUUUUGUGUUAAGAUUAAAGUUGAUACUAGUCAUUUGUGAUUGCACUUUUCUUGGAAAAGUAUGUUUUAUUGUAAAUUGAUGUGUUUUUUAAAUAGUCACGCUAAAUAUUGUUCUACUACUAUUGUUAUAAAUAUAUAUUAUAGUACUAGUCAUUUAAUAAAUAUACUAGAACUGAUACUAGUCGUUUUAUGCCCCCGGUAGGGUGGCAUAUAGCAGUUGAACUGUCCGUCUGUCUGUCCGAAAACUUUAACAUUGGCCAUACUUUUUGCAAUAUUGACUUGAUAUUUGGCAUGCAUGUGUAUCUUAUGGAGCUGCACAUUUUGAGUGGUGAAAGGUCAAGUUCAUGUAAAAAAAUAAAUAUAUAUUUUCAAAGCGGCGCAGUAGGGGGCAUUGUGUUUCUGACAAACACAUCUCUUGUUUGGCACUCAAAUUAGACAAAUAUAUGUCACUGUGCUAUGUUAAAAUAAAGGGCUCCUACUAAUCACAUCUAUAAAUAGUUUUGAUUAAAAGGCAUGUGUUUUAUAUUAAAAUAAAAUAACUA